GAGCCGGGAAGUCGGGGCGGUGUGAUCUUGCCAGCCAGGGACUUUCUCAUUGUUGCAAUUGGUCGCCCUGGCGUCCUAGAGCAGCCCCGGGCUCUGCCGACACCAGCUCCCGAGCCGGAGCCUGCAGGGGCCUAGUGGCCUUCGUAGGUCUGUGUAUCUCACAUGGAUCAGUGGGCUGCUGUGGAUCCUGAUCAGAAACCUUUGUGCAGGGGUGGCAUACAGGAGAACGAUGAUCCCCUGGUGAUUCUGAUUAUUUGGGUUUGUUUCUCCAUUCCCCUGUACAGGGCCCUGACUCCUGUGUGGAUUCUCUCCCUACCCCAGCCGGGACAGGGCAGCGAGUGAGACCGAGGAGGAGAAUCUGGGGAGGAAGGCCCUGAGAUCGUGGAAUUGGAUCCAGCAUUGCUGGGCAGGCUGGAGGGCCUGGGGCCAGGAGCCUGGAGGAGCAGGGCCCGGACUGUGAGAGCCUGCGCUGGACGGUGGUGCAGCAGAUCGACUCCCCCCGGGAAGCCGACGCAGCGGCUGGGCGGCGCGGGGCAAGUCAGCUGGCGCCCGGCCUUCCAGAAACUUCAAGAGCAUCAUCGUGCUGCAGAAGAGCUACGAGUGUGGCGAUUGCGGCAAGACCUUUCAGCUCAGCUCGCACUUCAGCAAGCACCGGCGCACCCACACCGGCGAGAAACCCUUCCGCUGCCUGCACUGCGGAAGAGCUCAAUGUCAAGCUCCAACCUCUACCGACCACCAGCGGGCCCAUGCCGCCGAGCGGGCCUGCCCAUGCCCCGAGAGCUCCGCACCGCCGGUGCCAGCGAGCGCCCCGAACCCCGCCACUUCCUCGGCCCGGGGGCCUGCCUACAAGUGCGAGGAGUGCGGCAGAGUUUCCGGCGCAACACGGAACUGGUGACCACCAGCGGCUGCACACUGGCGCCUGCCCUUCCAGGCACUCACUGUGGGAAGAGCUUCUCCUGGAGCUCCCAUUCGACCGGCACCAGCGCAUUCACACAGGCGAGAAGCCCUACCAGUGCCCCGAGUGCGGGAAGUUCUUCAGCCGCAGCUCCCCAUCUACUACGGCACCCGCGCACACCCGCUGGGGGCCGCUCCUAUAUCUGCACCUACUGCGGGCGCAGCUUCAACAGCACCCUGCACUUCGACCGGCACCAGCGCACCCACACCGGCCUGCGCCCCUACAAAUGCACCCUGUGUGGCAAGGGCUUUGGCGAUGGGCUGGCCCUGGUGAAGCACCAGCGCCUGCAUCUAGGGGAUGGGCCCUUCCACUGCGAGGAGUGUGGCAAGAGCUUCAGGGCGAGGGCGCAGUACGCCCGGCACCGGCGCAGCCUGCACGGUGCCGCCGCCACCAACACCGGCGGCGAGAAGCCCUACCGUUGCGGCGACUGUGGCAAGAGCUUCUCCUGGAGCUCCCACUGGGAGCGGCACCAGCGUAUCCACACCGGGGAGCGCCCCUACCAGUGCGGCGACUGCGGCAAGCGCUUUGGCCGCACCUCCCACCUCUACCGGCACCAGCGCACCCAUGCCGGCGGCCAGCCCCACGUCUGUGCUGACUGCGGCAAGAGCUUCAACAGCACCCUGCACUUCCACAAGCACCGGCGGGCCCACGCUGGUGAAGCCCCCUGCCAUGCCUGCCCCGACUGCGGAAAGGCCUUCGCCGACGGCUCCGCUCUGGCCAAGCACCGGCGCACCCACACCGGAGAGCGGCCCUUCCCUUGCCCCCAGUGUGGACGGCGCUUCAGCGUCAGCUCUCACCUGUACCGCCACCUGAGGAGCCACACUGAGAGAAGCCUCUGGAGGAGAUCGCAUCCUACUAGAGAUCAACUCCUCUUCCCCCUUUACCUGGGAGAGGAACCCCCCCAUGCUGGAGGUUUAGCUCACCUGGACCUGGCUGCACCUCUCUGAGCACGGGAGUGAACCCCAUGCACUGCCAGCCAGAGCGUUAGUGGGGCUUACCUCACAGGGAUCUGACCAUGGGAUCGCCGACCCGCAGAGGUAGCUGAGACCUCUAGGAGAGCAGUGGGCAACCCCGUUGUGGGCACUCUGGGCCACAGGGAUGGGCGCAGUGUAAGGUCCCAGUUUGGAGUCCCUUGAAGGGCUCCACGUCGAUAGGGGUCUGGAUCAGCCCUGAGGAUAUAGGUAGAUAAGGUAGAUUCGAUAGGUAGGAUAGGUAGGAGGUAGAGCAGAGUGGUGGCUGUACUAGCGGGCUGGGCAGGGUGGAAAUAAGAGAGGGAGAAUGUUAAAUGGUGUGGGAUUGAGGGCGGAUUACCCUCUCACCUCACAUCUGGUGUAAAUCAGGAGUAUUCUCACUGGAGUUACUGGGGCCAGUCCCCUCUUGCUCACCCCAGUGUAAAUCAGGAGUAACCCCCACCAGAGUCAUUGGGGCUGAUUCCCCUCUCAUUCACCUUGGUGUAAAUCAGGAAUAACCCCACUGGUAGUCAGCUGGGGCCAAUUCCCCCCUCGCUCACCCCAGUGUAACCAGGAGUAACCCCACUGGGGUCAGUGCAGUUACAGGAGUGUGGAGGCUGGGCGAAUGGGUGAUCGGAGCUGGGGCAGGAGGCGGUAUCUGGGGAUCAGGCAGGUGGGCAGGAGGUGGCGAGGAAGAUGGGAACCAGAGUGGGAGGGGAAAUGAAGUGUUUGGGGAUUGGGUGUCUGUGUGGUGGGAGCAAAGAGAGGGAUGUGGGUGAUGGAGGACGGGCAUGUCUGUGGACUGGGCUGGUGGGGCAGACAUGGCACUGCUAGGGGUCUCCAGGCUAAGGAGGAUGGGACCCAAGUUUACUGCCACUCCUUCUUUGGUUUUCCAUGCCGUAUCCCUGCCUCCUGAUCAGACAGGACCCAGGAGGAGAAGAAACUCUGCCACACGGAAUCCCCCGCAAGCCAUCCCACCCAAGAAGGGAAUGCAGGGCACUCAGCAUGGAGAGAGCCUGGGAAGUGGAGAGAGCUUGGUGUGUAAUGUGCCUGACUCCAGCAGGGAAUGAGAGACAGAAACCUUAGGGUAGAGUGUGGUUGACUUGUGGAGUUCACAGCUGCAGGAGAUGACUGGGCAAAACAGUCAGCAAAGCCCUCUACCAGCUCCAUGGAGCAGUCUGGGGCUCUUGACUUCCAAGCGACUUCCUGCGUGUGUGAAAAUCUCCCCUUAGACACACGCCCCGCCUGUCCCGAUCCUAUUCCAGAGCAUGAGGGACAAGAACCUGCUCUCCACUGUUCUAGGGAUAUGGAGGGGGGUGAGUUUCUGUAAGGAACGAAAGCUAAUCACUUCUGAAAUAAGCUAUCCAAGCUGGGGCCUCAGAAAGGUCAUGAGCUUCAUCAGCUGCACUUUUGGAAGGAUCUGUGGAGGUAUUUACAUACCAGGAAAUCUGUUGUUGUUAGAGGUCAGAUUCUUUGUUGGUGUUCAAUUGACAUCCAGGGAUUUCUGCCCAUUUAUGCCUGGUGAUAAGUUAGCCCUUCUCUACAGUAGGCUUCGGCCUUGUCUAUGCAUCAAAGUUGACUUGCUUUUAACUCGAUGGGUACAGUUAAAGCAGUAUAACACUCACCCCCUUUAGAAUGAAUAUUAUCAUCAUCACAGCAAAUCCCAAAGGGGUGUAACCUCCCUGCAGAUUGAGCACCACCCAAAUAGAUUUGGUAGCUAGAUCCUCAGGAUGGUCUGGCUGGAUGGUCAGUCUAUGUCCGUCACUGGUGAGCUUAUCAAAGUCUUUGACAACCACGUGAUCGCUGCCUGUGUAGCAGUGUUCCUUGGUAACCGCACUUCGUAAUUCAUUAUUACUCCUGAGGGCAUUCUGCGCCAAAAAAAUUAAAAUUCUGUGCACAAUA